GCCUUGACGUUGUAUCCUUAUUCAGCAACGUACAUCUAGGAAUUUGUUUGACAUCAAUAGAGGUCAAUUGGGACCGUGUUAGAGGUUGUUGUUCCAUGUCUUAUGACAGAUUCAUCAGCAUCGUCGAAUUUCUCUUUAAUAACACCUACUUCUCAUUUAAUGGAAAAUUCUAUCAACAAACUUUCGGUACCCCUAUGGGAGCAAAGAUUUCUCCUAUAAUUGCAACUUACGUUAUGGAUUAUGUGUUAGACUCUGUCAUUCCUUUAUUAUCCUUUCAAAUUCCAUUCAUUAAAAAAUAUGUUGAUGAUAUCAUCUUGGCUAUACCCAAUGACAAGGUAGAUGAACUAUUAAACACCUUCAAUAGUUAUGACCCCUACAUCCAGUUCACUAUAGAGAGGGAAGAUGGUAAUUGGUCCGUCCCCUUUCUCGACAUAAGGAUGAUCAGGGAAAAUAACAACAUCAAAAUAGAUUGGUAUCAAAAACCGACCCAUUCUGGUAGAUACCUUAACUACCACUCUUACCAUAAUAAUUCUACCAAAGUCAAUUUAGUCAAACAGAUGAAAAAUAGAGUAAUAAAACUAUCAGAUCCUUCUUUUCAUACAAAAAACCUACAAAUCCUACAGAAACUUUUCAUUUCGAAUGCCUAUCCAACACCACUAGUAAAUAAGAUUUUGUUUAACACUGUCCAAAACGAGGGUACUUCACCUUCCUUCGCGACUAACAAUGCUGAUCCUGAUGUCUUAAGUGGGAACCCAGUCUCUGAUACUCCUAUAAACAAAUAUUUUUCAUUACCAUACUUCAGUGAUAUCACUCCGGGGUUAACAAGGAUUCUGAAAAGUGUUGAAAAUAGCUUUGGUAAUAACAAUAUCAAUAUUAAACUUAAUGUGGCUUGUAGAUCAGCCCUAACAAUUAAUAAUCUUUAUUCUAAGAUCAAAGAUAAGACACCCACAGAUAUGCUUAGUAACAUUGUCUACAACAUUCCAUGCCACUCUUGCAACAAUUCUUACAUCGGCCAAACCUCUCAAUUAUUGAAAUCACGUAUCACACUACACAAAAGUGAUUCUCGACUUCACCCAGACCGUUGUGCUUUAGCCAAACAUGUACAUUCCACUGGUCAUCUCAUGGACUAUAAUAACACUACAAUUCUCCACCGUGAGAACAAUAAAUCUAAAAGAGAGUUCAUUGAAAUGUCAUAUAUUUUCCUUAACGAUUUUUCCAUCAAUGUUAAGAGUGACAUUAAGAAUCUAAGCAAUAUAUACCACUUCUUACUUAAAUCCGAUACCAAGAGAGGUAUAACAUCACAGAGAACUAACUUGACUGAUUUAUCCAUUAAUAACUAACCUACUUAAAUAAUAAUUUUCAUUAAUUUAAAAAAAAAAAAAAAAAAAAAGAUAACAUUCCCUUGCUUUUCUUAUAUACAUCUCAAUAAGAUAUUAGAAUAACAUCACAUGAACAAUAUAAUAUAUAAAACAAUUUUUUAACAAGAAAAAUCUGAAAUAAGAAUAUUACCCUAAACUGGUAAUUAAUUUCAUCUUGUUACACCAAUGAACCUUAACGACAUUAUAAAGAAUCAUAAGAACUACUUUGACAUGUCAGCGCAUGCGUUCUGGCAAAACAGAACCUCACAUGUGAUCUUUUUAACAAUCAAAAAUUUAGUUAUUGCCGACAACUCAAAGAAUUAAUUCCUUCAAAAUGUAGUUGCAUUGGGUUUUUUCGGUUACCCUUGGGUACACUUUUGCGUCUCAAGUUCACAGCUACCAUACAUUUCUAACAGUAACUUUUUUCUAACAGUAACAAAAAAACCACUAUGUUGUUACUAGCUAAGUUUUUUAUAACAUCCUAACUCUACAAUUCUAAGUUACGCCCUGAAGAAGCCAAAUUAAUUCUCUUUGGCGAAAACGUUCGGCGAAACAAUUGAUACUCAUUAGAGUCUUUCUUGCAGAUUUCCCCAAUAUUUAAGAGUUUACUAUAUAUAUAUAUAUAUAUAUAUAUAUAUAUAUAUAU